ACCAGUUUCCUCAGUACAAGUGUUUCUGUUGGCAUCGAGACUCUUGUCAGUGGAGCCACUCCAGAAGGUGGCCAUUGACAACACUGAGAGCCUUUUCUCCCCCUUCCAGCCUUCACUUGAAGUAUUUGUUGGUUAGGAACCCCCUAGAAUGUGUACUUUACUACAACAAUUUUAAAGCUGUAAUUGUAUGUAGUAGGUAUGCUCCGUCACAUUUCAGUGUUACAUCACUGUUUAAUGGGCAAUUCUGCUUACUGUUGUGCAACUUUAAAAGUGUACAUCAUUGAGGCAUCAUUUAAGGAAAAAGGAAAUCCUAAGCAUUUGUCUUUUAUAAUCAUCACAGGACUAAGGAGCAGCUAGCAGAGAACACCACCAAAUUACUCAUGGAGAAGUUACGGAACAGAUACUUAGUCAGCCCUCUUACCGUGACACCGGUCCUGGAGCCAUCAUGUGCUGGAAAUCUUAAUAAUCAUUCAGUGCUCAAUAGAAAUCUUAUUCCAAGACAAAACGUAGUAAUUCCUUCCUCAAUCCCACGGCCUUCAAGUAAUAGCAUGGAGACCACCUUCACCAAGCUGCAGCAGGAGUUGGAAAGAAAUAUAACUAGAGAAAUACGGAAAGCUGCUGCUGAUUUUGAACCUGGAUCCUAUAGAGUUUCUCUAGUCUGAUGAGUCAAAUCAAAAUCAAGAUCUAAUUUUAAAAACAUCACAAGAAUAUGUAGCGAUUUUAAAGAAAAAGUAUAUGAUCUGAAAGACACAUAAUAAGAAUUUAUUUACUAGGCUGUUUACAUAAUAUUCUAAUGGUUUCCUGUUGUAUGAUAUGUGAAAAUAUUAAAGGAAAAUAUUUUUUGUAUAAUAUAUAUAUGAUAAAAAUUUACAUAGAUUACUUCAAACUGUUUCUCAGCAUCUGAAACUUUUAAAUGGAUUUUGCAAAUGAAAACCAGCAUUAUUGAGUUUUACAUAGCCAAAAUUCCAGCUGUUUAAACAAGUUAUUGUUACUACUUCAGUAGAUGUAUUUAUUUGUAAGAUAAAUACAUCUAAGAUGUAUUCAUUUGUAAGAUAAAUACAUCUAAGAUGUAUUCAUUUCUAAGAUGUAUUUUUAAGAUUCAUUCGUAAGAUGUAUUUGUAAGAUUCAUUUGUAAGAUGUAGUUGUAAGAUUCAUUUGUAAGAUCUAUUUGUAAGAGUCAUUUGUAAGAUUCAUUUGUAAGAUGUAUUUGUAAGAUUCAUUUGCAAGAUGUAUUUAUUUGUAAGUUAUCACUAUAUAACUAUAAAGAUUUAGGUAGCCAUCAUUUUGAUAUAUUACUGCUAUGUCAGUUGUUAGUGUUUAGAACUAUUAAAAUUGUUAUGGUGCCAUCAAACUAUAUUUUAAUAAUUGUAAACCUUGAUUUAUAGAUAUUUCUUCAUGGAGAAAUAAGGUUUGCCUAAGGCUUUUCACCUUUUCUAUUCAUUUUUUAUUCACUUUUUGAAAACAUACAUCUUAAAAUUAGAGAAAAAUUUGCAAGUUUUAAUACAAAGGGCUUUUUCCCGCUGAAACAUUUGAAAGAAUAAAUUGCCAAUGUGAUGCCCAUCACUGCUAAUUACUUUGCUAUGUAUUUCCUACAAACAAGGACAUUCUACACAACUACAGUAUAACCAUCACAAUCAGAAAAUUAAUGUUAAUACAUUCUAUUAUUUAAUCCUCAGACCUUUUAAAUCUUGCCACUUGUCUCAGUGCCCUUUGAAAGAAAAGGAUCCAUUUCUGAAUCAUGGAUUGCAUUUCAUUGUUGUGUCUGUAUUGUCUCCUUCAAUCUGGAAUAAUUUCUUGGUCUUUCCUUGACUUUCAUGACCUUGAUGCUUUUGAAAAUUGAAGGCCAGUAGUGUAGAAUGUCCCCCAGUGUGGAUUUUUCUGAUGUUUCCUUAUGAUGAGAUUCAGAUUAUAUGAUUUUGGCAAAAAUAUCACAGAAAUGAUCCUGCAGUCUUCUUCUUGCAUCCUGUCUGAUGACCCACAGUUUGAAUUGCUAUAUUUUAAAUAAUUUUUUUCUCUCUUCUAGUUCACUAAUUGUCUCCUCUACUGUGUCCAAUUUGCUGCCUGACCUGUCCAUAGAAUUUGAAAUUUUGGUGUUGCAUUUUCCAUUUAUACAAGUUUGCUUGGGUCUUUCACAACCCCACUAGAAAAUAUUAAUACUUUUCUAUUCUCUGAAGAGAUUUUACACACAGAUUUAUAUAUGCAUUGAAGUGGGGCCCUAAAGUGAGCUCCCUCCCCUAAAUCUGUAACAAGAGUGUCCCCUUCCCCCAUAACCGGUAAUGACUGCAAAGUAAACAUUAAGCCCUGAGAAGGAGGGAGUGAAACUGUGCCAUUUUAGGGAGUGAGACUUGCAGAUGUACGCAUUAGCCAAGAGUAACCGUUUCAAUAAUUAAUCAUUGCACCAGCCUUGAGAAAACUUCUCAAGCUUGCUAAAGAUCUUAAGCACCCAUUAAUUAACCGCCAACUCUGCUUUUGUCAAAGUAGCUUGCUUGCAUUUUCAGGAUGUGGUUUCUGCCUAUAUAAGUCUCAAGCACUCUCUGGUGGGGGCUGCUUACUGAACUCCCUGCACGGAGUGGCAGGCGGCAGUCACCGGCCGGUUAAAUAAA